AUGUCCUCCUUUUCGCUCGCAUCGAGAGCCAUCGCGUGUAAGAGCGGCAUCUUUUCUUCUGCUUUGUCGACGACGACCACCGCGGCUGGUAGAAAAUGCGCGAGCAAGAAGAGUUUCAGCGUCAAAGUCGUUCGCGCGCAAGCGGCGAGCGAGGAUGGGGAAAACGACGUAUCUGCCGACGUCGAUGCAAAAACGAACGCGGGAGAGGAGGCUGAAACGUCGUCGACGACGAGCAUUACGACCAUCGAGAAGACGAAAGACAUGGGAAGCAAAGACGAAUACGAAUUAGUCGGUCCGAAACCGGAGAGAUUUAAAGUCGCGGAAGGGCAGCUGGUGAGUUUGCUCACCGCGGCGACGCCGGCGUCGACGAGAUUAAUCAGUGGCGUUCUGACGUCUGGGUGGAAAGUGUCGCUGGAAACCGGUCCGGUGCCGGACGGGGAGUAUUCGUUUGGUUCCUUUGGCGGGCGAUAUCUGAAAGAAACGAGCGACACGGAAUUGUUCAAACGUCCGGAGAAACCGUUGAAACUCUACGAAUUUGAGGGAUGUCCAUUUUGUCGCAAAGUGCGCGAGGCUAUCGUUUGGCUCGAUUUGGAUCCCAUAGCAUAUCCGUGUCCGCAAGGCGGGAAAAGAUAUCGCGAGUUUGUCAAGGAAACUGGAGGGAAAGCGCAGUUCCCCUACUUGAUCGACGAAAACACCGGUACGAAAAUGUACGAGUCCGACGAUAUCAUCGAGUAUUUGUACGAAAACUAUGGGCCGGGGAAGGAUAAAGUGCCUAGUUUGAUAAGUCGGUCGCCGAUUGUCACCGUUGCCGCGGGUCUCGGCAUGUUAGGCAGAAUUGGCAAAGGGAGCAAAUUGGAUGCAAAGUCCACGGCGAACGAGAAGGAGUUGGAACCUAUUGUGUUUUAUGGCUACGAGACGUCUCCGUUUUGCAAAAUCGUUCGCGAACGGUUGGUGGAAUUGGAAAUCCCGCACCAAAUCAAAAGCACGGGAAGAGGCUCGUACAAAAGGAAGGAGUUGUUGAAAAAGCGCGGCACGUUUCAAGUUCCUUACAUUGAGGACCCAAACACGAAGAAAGCGAUGUUCGAAAGUAAAGAUAUCUUGGAGUAUUUGAACAGAGAGUACGCGUCGUAA